AAAGAACUGCGCUGUGUGGAGGGGUUAGUGACAUAGAUUUUUGACGCUGUAAACACAGCCAGACUCCCCACCACCGCAAGGGAAAGACGUGUAUAAUGUCGAGGCACCGCGGAUACAGGCCGUGACAACCGUUCACACUGGACCUAAAAGAAACAAGUUACCACCCCGUUCUGUUUUAUUUUUGUCACGGCUACCGUCGCUGGAGCUAAACUCCCGGGAUCAAAAUAUGGAGCUGCUAACAAACAAUGCCAACGUUAGCGCAACCAGCUAGCAGCCUGUCAGGCUUUGGCGUUUCACAGGAGGAGGAAUUGAGUAUCGUUAGUCAUCUUGCUCACUUCCAACUUGUGUUAAUGACUGUACUGUUGACAGCUUCCAGUUUGACACAGCUGUCGAUAAGGAGGAACAAGUCUUCGGCUCAUGUAAACAGUCGUUUAUCUGUUUAGCUUCUCAGUUAGCAGCUGCUCUUCUUGCUGGUUAUAGUUGGACCUGGCCAGUUUGCCACCCGAGUCAUUUGUUGCUGAAUGGGAGGAGUGUUUACAUGCUAGUAUAACGGUUGGUAUCAUUCGGUUAUUGAUUAAGACGUUGUCAGACAAAAUGGUGUUGAGAAGUUGCUGGAAAUCUCGACAUAAAAGCAGCUCCGGACCUGUUCACUGCUGGCUGCGGCCAGGAGUGGCUGCCCUGCUCUGGCUGUGUGUGACCCAGUUUGUCUGCGGCAGUGUGGCACUGGGAGAGACCAAAAACGUCAUUCAGAAAGAUGCAGAAUUUGACGUGACCUACAAUGACACGGUUACAAGUGAAAACCAGACCAUCUAUGCGUUCAAUCACACUGUCUCCAGGAAUAAGACCGAGGGAGUGCGUGUGACUGUGGACGUGUUGUCACAGAGUUUGGAGAGCCCCAUCCUGUUUGUUGUAAGGCAGAAACAAGCUGUGCUGUCUUUUCAAGUCCCUCUCAUACUCAGAGGCCUCUACCAAAGGAAGUACCCUUACAAACAUGUGGGCCGGACACUGUGCCAGCCUCCGACCCGCGCCGCCUCAGAGACCCAGUACUUCUUCGUGGAUGUGUCCACCCUAUCCAGCCAGGGCACAAACUACAAUCUCAGGGUCAGCCGUGUGGAAAGCUUCACCCUACAAACAGACAAGAAAUUCAGCUUCAUCGCGUCGCCAUCCCAGCCUCAGUACUUCAAGUAUGUCUUUCCAGACGGUGUAGACACUGUUAUCGUCAAGGUCAGCUCAGAUAUGACCUUUCCUUGCUCAGUUAUGUCCAUCCAGGAUAUCCAGUGCCCUGUCUAUGAUCUGGACAAUAAUGUGGCCUUCAUUGGGAUGUAUCAGACUAUGACUAAAAAAGGUGCCAUCACCGUGCAGAGAAAAGAUUUUCCCAGCAACAGCUUUUACGUUGUGGUUGUGGUGAAAACAGAGGACGAGGCGUGCGGCGGUCCGCUGCGCUUCUACCCUCUGCGUCCUGACGAGCUGAUUGAUGCCGGAAACCGCAGCAAGACAGUCGAUGUUGUGGUCACUCCUGCCAUCAACUCGGAGGUGUACGUGAUGGGCAUGCUGUUCUGUCUGGGUAUUUUCCUCUCCUUCUACCUGCUCACUCUGCUGGUGGCCUUUGUGGAGAGCAGGCGAAUAAAGAGGAGAGAGGUGUAUCAUAAUCCUGCCGACAUGUCGCCUGCUGAGACAGCCUCUCUGCUUGGAAAGAACGGAGAUGGUAAAACUCCAGCCUCACCUUAUGAAUAUGGCUCCUUUGCUGACAACUGCAGCACACUGAGUUCAGAGGGCAUUACUGACAGCGCCACGUCCACCGAUAACAACUAUGGUUACAUGGGACAGGAGCCUUUCAAACGUCGACCAAUCCACAAUCACCAUCACCACAUAUCCAUCCACUUUGAGCGACCGUUGGACAGUGUUGGACGAAGCAGACAGGAGUCUCUGAGCUCUGUGGAGGAGGACGACUACGACACGCUGGAUGACAUCAACUCAGACAAAAACAUUGUCCGCACAAAGAAAUUUCUGUGUGUGUCCGACCUGGCUCGCAAAGACAAAAGGGUCCUCAGCAAGAAAUACCAAAUCUACUUCUGGAACAUCGCCACCAUCGGUGUGUUCUACGCCCUGCCGGUCAUCCAGCUGGUCAUCACCUACCAAACGGUUGUCAACGUUACAGGAAAUCAGGACAUCUGUUACUACAACUUCAUGUGCGCCCACCCACUGGGAGCUCUAAGUGCAUUCAACAACAUCCUCAGUAACCUGGGCUACGUGAUGCUGGGACUCCUCUUCCUCCUCAUUGUCCUCAAGAGAGACAUCGUCCACAACCGAGCCCUGGUCCGCAACGACCUCAACGCACUGGAAUGUGGCAUCCCGAAGCAUUUCGGUCUGUUCUACGCCAUGGGAACUGCUCUGAUGAUGGAGGGCUUGCUCAGUGCCUGCUACCACGUCUGUCCCAACUACACCAACUUUCAGUUCGACACCUCCUUCAUGUACAUGAUUGCUGGGCUGUGCAUGUUGAAGCUGUAUCAGAAGAGACACCCAGACAUCAACGCGAGCGCUUACACUGCCUACGCCUGCCUGGCCGGAGUCAUCUUCUUCUCUGUGCUGGGAGUGGUAUUUGGGAGAGGAAACACAGUGUUUUGGAUCGUUUUCUCAGUGAUCCACAUUUUGGCGACUCUCCUCCUCAGUACCCAGCUCUACUACAUGGGCAGGUGGAGGUUCGACUCGGGGGUCCUGCGCAGGAUGGUGUACAUCAUCUACACAGACAGUAUCAGGCAGUGCAGUGGACCCAUGUACAUUGACCGUAUGGUUUUGCUCGUAAUGGGGAACAUCGUGAACUGGUCUUUGGCGGCCUACGGUCUCAUAGAGAGACCCAAUGACUUCGCCUCCUACCUUUUGGCCAUCGCCAUCUGUAACCUGCUGCUCUACUUUGCCUUCUACAUCAUUAUGAAGCUGCGGAGUGGUGAGAGAAUCAAGUGUCUGGCGUUGGUGUGUAUUCUCUUCACUGCUGUGGUGUGGGGCUUCGCUCUGUAUUUCUUCUUCCAGGGUCUCAGCACCUGGCAGAAAACUCCAGCAGAGUCUCGUGAACAUAACCGGGACUGUAUCCUCCUCUCAUUCUUUGACGACCACGACAUUUGGCACUUUCUUUCCUCCAUCGCCAUGUUUGGAUCCUUCCUGGUCCUCCUGACCAUGGACGACGACCUCGACACCGUCCAGAGGGACAAGAUCUACGUCUUCUAGAUGCAUCAGAUCUCCUGUGAUGAGCUAAGCUCUUCGUCUCUGCCUUAUCACCCUUCUCGCGCUGUUUCCGUCUCCUUUUGUGUUCUCAGAAAGCACAAGCCAGUAGCCAGUUUCCCCACAGGCUGUCAAUGGGCAUGUCUUUUUCUGCUCGGAGCCAAUUAGGGAGGGUAACAGCCACCUCCCCGCACCUUUUACGGACACUCGUGCCAAUCAAGAGUUGGGUCGAAGUCCAGUGAUGCUGAAGUGUUUUGUCCUCUCGCUGCCAUCUUGAAUUUAACUGUUGUUAUUGAUGUUUACGUUCUGCUGGCGACGAAGAUAACAAUGUACUCAUGAAAAAUACUGUACAAAUUAACUUAUUUUAUAUUAUUCACAUUGCAUUUUACCUAAAAGUCAACAAUGCAUUUUGGAAUUCCUGUUUGUAUGCUGUUUAUAUGCUGUAUGUGUGUUUGUACGGGUGUGUGUGUGUGUGUUUACAGACAUUUAUGUGAGAACAUGAGUCCUGUCCAGUCUGUCAGUGGCCUUCAACGUGCUAAUCAUGUUAGUCACAUACUGUUCUGAUUGGUCAGAUGCUGAAGAUAGCCGUCCUCAUAUAUCGAUGACGAUGAUGAUAAUAAUGAUGAUGAUGAUGAUUGUAUUCUACUUAUUAACUGCCCUCAAGUCUGACUGCGAUGGUAUUUUUUUGCACUGUACUGUAUGAAAAGCUGAUAUUAAUGUCAAACAUUGCAAUGAGCGGUUACUGAAUAAAGGUCUCAUUUUCAGAUCCCUAAACCUUGUUUUUUGUUGGGUU